AAAUCUCGAUCAAGCCGUGUAAUCCGAGAGUAAACGGGCGCUGCGAUUGGCUGGAGCCGUGAUUAAUUAGGCGAUAAUUGCUAGCAAUAUUGACAAGCCUUCCAUUCCAUUCCGCCUCAUCCCUGUCUCAGGGUCUCACCUCACGGCACGGGCUGCCAAUUCCAUCCAAAACGAAGAGGAAAAGCAACAGACAAGGAGCCUGUGGUAAGACGCCAACACCGAGGACUGAGGAAUCGAGAGUUCGCACUUCUUGGGUCAAAGUCAACAGAAGCUGUUAAUUUCGUAGGGUUACCAAAUGUCGGAUGUGGACGAGUUCCGUUGCUUCGUUGGAAGUCUUUCGUGGUCUACUACUGAAGCAGAUCUGAAGGAUGCAUUUAGGAAAUUCGGCCAUCUUACUGAGGCAAAGGUGGUUCUUGAUAAGUUUUCUGGUCGAUCACGUGGAUUUGGUUUCGUGACUUUUGAUGAUAAGAAGUCUAUGGAAGAAGCAAUUGAGGCAAUGAACGGAAUGGAUCUGGAUGGAAGGAACAUAACUGUUGAAAGAGCUCAGGCUCAGAGUUCAGGCAGCAGGGACCGUGAUGGAGAUCGAGACUAUAGUCGUGGUGGUGGUGAUCGUGACCGCUACCGUGGUGACUAUAGCCGCGGUCGGGACCAUGGUCGUGAUUUCGGUGGAGGCCGUGGCGGUGGAGGUGGUGAUUGCUUCAAAUGUGGCAAGCCUGGACAUUUUGCAAGGGAAUGCCCUUCUGAUGAUGGUGGCAGGGGGGAUAGGUAUGGUAGCAGGGACGACAAGUAUGGUGGCAGCAAUGGUAGUAGCCGCUAUGGGCCUGAUCGUGGUGGUGAUCGCUAUUCUGGGAGCCGUGAUGGAGGAAGCCGCAAUGGUGGAGGCAGUGACCGAUACAACCGUGACAAGUCUGGUCCUUAUGAACGCCCCAGCCGAGGUGGAUACAAAUAUUGAUGUUUGCAAGGCUGUGAUCUCAGGUAUGAAAGCUAAUUUAUGAUUUUAAGUAAGUUGUAUGUUUGCUUCAUCAUCACAUAAUGCAGCAAACGUUGCUGUAGUGUACUCUCAUAAGAGUUUCAGAUGUGCUUGUUUUUACCAAUCUUGUUGUCUGUAUUUGGCUUGUAACUACUGGUUCCUCAGGAGCUUCAGUGGAUUGACUAGUUUCCAUCUGAUUAUUAUCUGGGGACUGAGAUCCAUGUUUCUUUGUUGAUCUGAUGGUAAAAAUCAUGUUGUGGUACUGGCCCUUGGUCCUGUUUGUUUGAAUCGGUACGGAUUCACUGGGGGUAUUGGAACCAAGGAUGUCGGAGAACAAUCAUGCCCAGGCUGAUUGCGAUCUCGAGGGAGAAAGCAGUAUGCCGUGCUGGGGUACCAUCUGCUUGUAAAACAUGUUCAUUCACGAAUUGUAAGAAGGAAAAAGAGGGUAAAUUCUUGACCUUUGUUCACAGGAUUGUUCGAUUUUACUUUGCUAAUUAAUAAGCAACGGUUCUCACAUCAAUUUUUCGCAGGCAUUUGGCCUUCCUGUUCCUGUAUAUUGAUCUGCAUGGCUUAAAUAAUGUCUCUCUAUUUGUCCAUAAUUCUGAGUGCUCUGUAACACUGUUGGACGGCGUUGAUAUGUUUUCUAGUUCAGCUCUGUUAAGCGAGCAUGACCCAUCUACAUUGAGAACCUGGAACAGGAGCUGUUCUGUGUGGAGCCUCACAUAUCUAAAGCUUGCUGGAGAUUCUUGAUUUUUUUUUUGAGUGACCACAGAUGCAUCCUUUUUCUUUUUCUUCUUCUGCUUUUUGUGUGAAAAAUGACCUUUGUAGCUGGAGGUUCCUGAACAGGGAAUUGAUAUUACUAGUAUAAUAGUAUGCACAGAGUGGCUGCAAAAUACAGACUGUUGUUGACAGGUUUGAACCUUGCUAUUUGGGAUGUUCCCUGAAUGAAUAUCAAUAUAUGGCCUGGCUCCUGCUCGUUCACUUAA